AGGGAAGUCCUACAGAGCGUUUCUGGCAGACAGGACGCCCGGCAAAGCCUCUUCAAUCCUGUCCCGUAUCGCACAGAACCUGUCGUCAUGUCCACCACACCCGAAGAGCCGGUCGACCCCACCCAGAUGGGUGUGGGGAAGGCCAUCGCAGUGCUGACGUCCGGAGGUGAUGCUCAAGGCAUGAACGCGGCUGUGAGGGCCACGGUCAGAGUCGGCAUCUACACAGGGGCCAAGGUCUACUUCGUUCAUGAGGGGUACCAGGGUCUCGUUGAUGGUGGGGAUAAUAUUCGUCCUGCUACCUGGGAGAGUGUGUCCAUGAUGCUUCAGCUGGGUGGCACUGUGAUUGGCAGUGCCCGUUGUAAGGAUUUCCGGACCAGGGAGGGGCGCACACAGGCCGCCUACAAUCUGGUUAAGCUCGGCAUCACCAACCUCUGUGUGAUUGGCGGUGACGGCAGUUUGACCGGCGCCAACCAGUUCCGUACAGAGUGGAGUGAGCUGCUGGAGGACCUGCUGGAGGAAGAGAAGAUCACGGAGGAGGAGGCCCAGAACUCCUCACACCUCAACAUCGUGGGCAUGGUCGGGUCCAUCGACAACGACUUCUGUGGGACGGACAUGACCAUCGGCACAGACUCCGCCCUCCACCGCAUAAUGGAGGUGGUGGACUCCAUCACCACCACGGCACAGAGCCAUCAAAGGACCUUCAUUCUGGAGGUGAUGGGCAGGCACUGUGGGUAUCUGGCCCUGGUCACAGCUCUGGCCUGUGGGGCUGACUGGGUGUUUAUCCCUGAGAUGCCCCCAGAGGAUGACUGGGAGGAGCACCUGUGCAGGAGACUCACGGAGACCAGGGGCAGGGGAUCACGUCUGAACGUCAUCAUCGUGGCUGAGGGAGCAAUGGACUCGCAGGGAAGACCCAUCACGUCUGAGGACAUCAGAGAGCUGGUGGCGACGAAGCUGGGCUACGACACCCGCGCCACCAUCCUGGGGCACGUUCAAAGAGGGGGAACCCCCUCAGCGUUUGACAGAAUCCUGGGCAGCAGGAUGGGGGUCGAAGCCGUUAUGGCUCUGUUGGAGGCCACCCCAGAAACCCCCGCCUGUGUGGUCAGUCUCUCAGGAAACCUGGCCGUCAGGCUGCCCCUCAUGGAGUGCGUUCAAGUGACCAAGGACGUGACCACUGCCAUGGCCGAGGGAAGAUAUGACGAUGCCAUCAAACUCAGGGGAAAGAGCUUUGAGAAUAACUGGAACACUUACAAACUUCUGGCUCAUGUGCGCCCCCCAGAUGUCAAGAGCAACAUCAACGUGGCGAUCUUGAACGUGGGCGCUCCCUGUGCGGGAAUGAACGCAGCCGUGCGCUCGGCGGUCAGGAUCGGGAUCAUCCAGGGACACAACAUGCUGGCGGUGCACGACGGGUUCGAGGGGCUGGCUCAGGGCCUGAUUGAGCCCAUAACCUGGGCCGGGGUUGGGGGCUGGACAGGAAAGGGAGGAUCCAUGCUCGGCACCAAGAGGGUUCUGCCCGGGAAACAUCUAGAGGACAUUAGUCUAAACAUCGCCAAGUUCAACAUCCACGCGCUGGUCAUUGUCGGUGGCUUUGAGGCAUUUGUUGGUGGGUUGGAGCUGGUAGCAGCCAGGCAGAAGUAUGAAGAGCUCUGUAUCCCCCUGGUAGUCAUUCCUGCCACAGUCUCCAACAACGUCCCAGGAUCAGACUUCAGCAUCGGAGCUGACACUGCCCUGAACACCAUCACCUCGACGUGCGACAGGAUCAAGCAGUCGGCUGCCGGCACCAAGCGGCGCGUGUUCAUCAUCGAGACCAUGGGGGGGUACUGCGGGUACCUGGCCACCAUGGCGGGGAUGGCAGCGGGAGCUGACGCGGCCUACAUCUACGAAGAUCACUUCAACAUUCACGACCUGGAGGUCAACGUAGAGCACCUGCUGCAGAAGAUGAAAACCACUGUGAAGAGGGGCCUGAUUCUCAGGAACGAGAACUGCAACCCCAACUACACCACCGACUUCAUCUUCAACCUGUACUCUGAGGAGGGGAAAGGUGUCUUUGACUGCCGGAAGAACGUGCUGGGGCACAUGCAGCAGGGCGGGACCCCCACCCCCUUCGACAGGAACUUCGGCACCAAGAUGGGAGCCAAGUCGGUGCUGUGGCUCACCGAGAAGCUGAAGGACUGUUACAGACACGGUCGCAUCUUUGCCAACAACCCAGACUCCGCCUGCCUGCUGGGCAUGAAGAAGAGGUCAAUGGUCUUCACACCGCUGGCUGAGCUCAAAGAGCACACAGACUUUGAGCAUCGCAUUCCAAAGACACAGUGGUGGCUGAGCCUGAGGCCUCUCCUCAAGGUUCUGGCCAAAUACAAGGUGAAGAUCGACACAGAGCACGCCCACAUGGAGCAUGUGAUCCGGAAGACGGGCGUCGUCGCCAAAACUGAGUAGCGAGGCAGCGACGGCCGGGUGGGGAGAUGGAUAAGGAGGGGGAGAGACCAUUUUACUUUUGCUGCGUAUAUCUGUUUUUCCCCCUCAGGCUUUUCUCCAACUCACUCUAUCUAUCAGUCUUUUCAUUUCUCUCUCUCUCUGGUUUCUAAAGUUUCACCUCUCCUCUCUCUGGGCUGAAGAGCCAUUUGUUCCU